AUGGUUACACUAAUGCCGAGUCCUGACAGACUUAACAAAGUUUGCUACGACUCAGUUGAUGAAAAUUACACGCGACGAACACUCUUCCUUCUUUCUACAACCGAUUCCCUGGCAGACAUCAUCGGCCCUCAUACAAAGUUCAUCACCGAGUCCGGAACCGAGCCCAUCCGCAACACAGAUUUUCCUGCUGGGGCUUCGAAAAAGCGCGAGAUACUGGCCCAACUGUAUGCCGAGGCAUUUGGAACGGCCCCAAUCACUCCAGAGAGGAUCACAUUUUGCCGCCUCCUGAACGGUCUGGGUUCCCAUGAUAUCUCUUUGAUGAGGGAUUGCAUCGGUGUGCCCAAGUCUAUUGGCGGUGUAUCAGUCGGGGACAAAUUCUACUCUGCUAUUCUCAAUUACGAAAACAAAGACGGAAAAUUCCCCGUGACAUUCGAGAUGGGAUUCGAUUCAGUCCCGAACUUUGACGCGCACUUCACCGUAUAUGGAGACACCAAGAGAGUUACGAUCAAGUACGAUUCGCCGUACAUUAGAGGCCUACCAACGGUUGUCGAGGUCGAGGAGGUGACCGAGACAGGAGAGGUUCAGUCUCGGCAAAUAAUUUCCUCAGAGGAUGCAUACGCUUCGGAACUCUAG